AUCAGUCACACACCGACCGUCAGCGAAGACGCACGUCGAUUUUUCCCGUCGCGUUUUCACGCACGUGCGUCCAGCCGCUGUCAUUGAACUUUUUAAUUAAAUUAUUCCAAUUCAGUAAAAAAUAUACAAUGUGAGUGAGUACCAACAGGAUAAAGAGCAGGUGAUCCACAAUUAAUCGGAUAGCUAUGAAAUGCGCCUGUCGGUUUCGGGUUACUCGUAGUGUUUGGUGGUGAAAGUGUGGGUUUGUGCGGAAAAUGAGCGGGGUUCGACCGGUGGAGGAAGGACAAUGGUGAGGGGGGGAUGGCUGCACGCCGGUCUAGUGUGGUGGGGGCUGGUGGCCGUCGGCGGGAUCAUCGAAAUCGUGGAGGAGCAACAAUGCUCCGACUUCCGGUUCCGGCUGACGUGCCGCGACCUGCAGGCGCACAUCGCCGUGCUGCAGGCGUGGUGGACCUCAGCCGAGGACCUCACCCUCAACCGGACCUCAGAACAAACAAACGAAACAAACACCUUCCAAAUUCAAACUGAAUUGGAAGCCGAACUCAACCGAGUGUACGUCUAUUCUAGUCCAAAUAAUAACGGUUUUUAUGAGCCGAUGAACCAUUCCAUUUUUGAAAAUAACACGCACUGGCCGCUCACGACGAAUCUGACGAGUGCAGUGAACGGGUCGUUUUAUGGGAAUGUGAAUGAGACAGUGGAAGUGCCAGUGGAAGUGACAGUGGACAGUGAGAGUGAUAAUGCGACGGCGGGGUGCGGGGUGCGCGGGUUUGCUAGGAGCUAUGCCAGCUGGAGAGAAGGAGAUAAAGGAAAAAGAAAAGAGAUAAGAGAUACCUCUGUCAAUUUGAGAGCACCUCUUAGUUACCGCUGCACCGGCGUGAACCACUGCAGCUUCAUCCUGCCGGCCGACCACGCCGCCGCCGCCGCCUGGCCGCCCGGCGCCGUGUACAUCAAGUACGCCUGCUUUGAUGACACCCUCUCAAUCCACUACUGCAACCGGGAAGUCUCCAUAGCCGCAUCCGGGCCGGACAGCGAGGGGUACAUACGGUCUCCGGGCUACCCGCACUUCUAUAUCGGAGAGGACGAGUGCGGUUGGCGACUGACCGUGUCGCCCGAGCAGAGGAUACGGGUCACUCUGCUGGAUGUUAGCUUGAGAAGUAUCGGUCCAUUCGAAGAAGAAUGCACCGACUACGUCACAGUCCGGGAGUCGAACGGGGAACCCCUGCUGUCGUCCUGCGACCAGGUGGACCUGCCCCUGCAGCUCGUGUCCAAGACCAAUGCAGUGGACAUCACUGUCCAAGCCAGAUCUCAAGGGGCCUACCCGAAACGGGGAGUUCUUAUUUAUUAUAAAAGUAUAGACUGCGUGACGCUGCCAGCGCCAUCUGAUGGCUACCUGGUGUACCGCAACGCGCACGUAGCACACUACAUGUGCAACGUUAAUCAUGUUUUCGAGGAUACCCACGAGAGGGCGCGGUUGUUAUGGUGCUAUGACGACAACAGAUGGAACGAUACGGUACCUUCUUGUGUUGAAGAAACGGCGCUAAAAGGCGUCGAGAACGUACUAGGAGCGAGUGAGACAGAAGAUUCCAAACUGCCGCACACGGAGGCCAACAUGCUCGUCGACAUCGUGAUCCCGUCGCUUCUAAUAGCGGCGCUGUUCAUUGGAAACGCUUUCAUCGUGCUCAUUAUAUACAAAUAUAGGAAACGAAAAACCGAUGACAUCGAGGACGAGUUUAACACCAUCCCACUGAGUGUGAACGGCAACGUGCACACCGCUGGCAACGCUGUGUAAUUGCCACGACACCGCCACGAUAUCGUCACGACAUCGUCACGAUGUUGCUGCGAUAUCGUCACGACAUUGUCACGAUAUCGUCACGCUGUCGUAACAAUAUCGGGAUAGUAUUGCGACCAAGGGCCUACUCCGUCUCGGCGAAUACGAAAGUUGCUCGCAGGAAUAACCAUCUAUCAUGCUGAACACCUUUGAUUGUCAUGUUAGAAAGAGACAUCGCGAGUAUCGUGACAUUUCAGGGAACUUUACCAUCGACUUCGUAUUCGUUAUUCGGGAGUAGUUCUUCUACUUCGUAAAUACAUCGCAGUGGUAACGUUAGAAGUAAGCACAUGUGAUGGGUUGUGGGCACUCGACGCUCUGAGGCUAACCGGGGUAACUCUAUAUGACGAAAAACUAAAUAUUUUAGAGCGCUGCUGCGCGAGCCACGACACUAUCUCGUUGUGUUAUUAAAUGUUCAUUCAUUUUUCGUCAGUAUAGAGUAACCCCCCUGUAACUUUACACGUCACACCGGUAGAUGUCAGCGCUGCCGUGAUUAAUUUCAGCCAAUGAGGUCUCGCGCUCUGACACGGCGCGGCGUUCUGAUUGGUCAGAAUAUUUUUGUUUCAACAAAAUGAAGAAUUGUUUCAGUAGUUUUUUUUAUCCUGCAGAUUGAGAAGUUUAGUAAUGUUAAAACUGUUUUCAAGUAAGUACUUUUCAAAUGGUAGAUAAUAUGUAAAGGUUAAUAAUUAACAUGACAUUUAUGUAUUUUAUGAUAGACAUUAGUAACAAUAGUUACCAAAGUUGUAUUAUAAGGUUUAAGGAUUUAGUAUUCGAAAUAGAUAUUCAUAGUUUUGUUAUUGUAAAGCUUUCUUAUACAUAGUUGUAUUUAGCUAACUAUUUAAUUGUAUGUCUGUAGUUGUGCCCACAACCUUAGUACUAAGUUAUAGUUUCAAAAAACUUUUUUCAGCAAAUUUGUGUAAAAAAUUAAAAUAGCAAUAUGAAGUACUACUCAUGUUCAUCUUUCUUUAGACCUUUUAGGAGUUAAGUAAGGACUGAUAUUGGUAAUGAGGAAAUACUGGAAUGCUGCUAAUUAGAGACAUAAUAGACAUACAAUACGGCGGGCCUUAUAAUCAUAUAAGUAUUUUAAUUUCACGAAAAUAUAAUUUAUUUUUAAAUUUAAGUUUAAACCCGCCCGUCGCGACGUGACCAUUCUAUUUAUUUAAACGUAAAGCACAUAACUUCACUGCCUUGCUUUUGUCAUUGUAUAACUUAAGUCAAUUACUUUUAUUUUGUACAACAAAACCUGUAAAUGAAAAAACCAUCACAUAUUUAGAUUUAGCAUUAUAGCUACAUACGACAUGUGUACUUCCGAAUUGUUAUUUCGCCGGAAAUAGGCCAAGCUCUUUAUAGAAAGUAAUGAAUAAAGCACUUUAUCUUUAAA